AUGAUUACUGUACAGGAUUGUAGUCAGCUGAGACCGGACAGUGACACUAGCACAUCGAGCAGCGAUGAGGCACCACCGCUGCCACCUCGCCGCUACCUCGUGUCAGACUCUGGAGACGAAUCGGACGACUUUGACAAGAUCGGCAGCUUGGAGCGUGGCUUCCAUGGUGCUGGCAACGGGAAUGAAUGGAACAGCAUAUUGCGACUCAGCCGCUCUCGCAUGUCCAUGCACUCGGAGCUUCUAUCGAAGCACGCGAGCAAGGAGCAACGGAAGCAACGGGAGAAGCAGCGGAAGCGGGAAGAAAAGGAGAUGCGCGAGCAGGAACGGCGCGAGAAGCAUGAACUGCGGCAGCAGAAGAAGAAGCAGGAGAAAGUGGAGCGUGCAAAGAAGAAGGCUGCGCACAAGCAGGCAAAGGCUAAAGCAGGAAAUGAAUUUCUAAAGCAGUAUAUGGUUGAUGGCGUCGGACCGGGAUCAUCCUAUUUUGGAAUCUAUCUACAUGAUUUACCCGUUCGCCAAGACGGCUCGAAGAUCCCGCUCUUUGUCGAGCUGUGCGUGGACCAUAUUGAGCAGCAUGGCAUCGAGUCGGGCGGUAUCUACAGGGUGUCUGGCAAGAAACCAUCGGUGGACAAGUUGCAGGAGGACUUCGCAAAAGAUCCGCUGAACACUACGAUUGAUAUCGAGGAGAUGAACGUGAACGUUGUGGCCAGUGCCAUGAAGUCAUUCUUCCGUCGCCUCCCGGAGCCUCUCAUUCCAACUCCAAUCCUGGCCCCGUUAGCCAAGUCGUUGUCCACAGCAAAUGAGCUAGAAGAUCAGCUUCAGGAUAUGAAGGUUUUGAUAAAUGCUGGUGUGCCUUCUACGCACUUCACUCUCCUCAAGUACCUCUGCCGCCAUCUGAACAGGGUGGCAGAGAAGCAUGAAAUAAAUCUGAUGCUGGCUAGCAAUCUGAGCAUAGUCUUCUGGCCAACCCUGAUGAGACCGGAGAGCCUAAACAUCAAUGAUUUCACCGUGGCACAGGAGAUGCCACUGACACUUCAGAGAGUAAUGACGCUGCUAAUUGAUAAGUAUCACAUGAUAUUCGAUGACAAUGCCGCUCGGGCGUUCCCCUCAUCGCCUGCUAAAGCACUUGAAGCAGCGGCUUCACCUGUUCCAAAUCCAGCGCAGGCUGCCGACAAAGCCAACGCUGUGGCAUUGCACGAUGAGACCAGUGAAGGAGAGUCCUCCAUCGCUCCGUACACAUCCGUCAGCAUACAUCUGACUCCCAUUGCAAGCAAGACAUAGCUCUGGGCCAGACCAGGGUACGCAGUCAGUAUUCUGAGUGAUUGUAGACAUAUCUGUAACGUUACCAACAUCCAAGUGAACAUUCCAGGGUUAUUGACGUGUUCAGGGAGUCUCAUUUGGGCAUUUGGGCGCUGACCUCGUCUGGACUGCAACUCCCGUGAGGUCGAAAGCAUGUUGCUCGAUACUUAGUGUCACGUGUUUGUAUGAUCAUGUCAGCUCCUAAAAGAGGUGUCAAUGUUUCCUUUCGUGCUUGGGUAGUCAUUGUCCCUACACGUAGAUCAAUUCCGUUACUGCUUAGGACAUCUGACAAUGGCUGCGCUACGGCUACGGACAACCAACUGUACACGACAAAAAAAAACCCGAAUAACAUGGACUAUAAACCGCAGGCCUUUUUCCUCCCCUCGCUCUCUCUCUCUCUCUCUCUCUCUCUCUCUCUUUCAUACCAAGACAUAUUUACGUUAAUCUCUCAUAAUCUAAUCAACAUCUAUCUUGCUCCCCCCCCCCCCCCGUUGUGUUGAGUGUGCUUCAAGUACUUAAGUUGAGACCUUAUCUGUGUUGUCACAGUGAUAUAACUAUGUUAUCUUAUCAGUGUUUUGUUGAUAUAACUAUGUUAUGUGAUGUAAGUUAUUUAACGCGCCUUUCUGCAUCUGCAUUCAGACCAGUGCUGGAAAGGCGGGCACUUGAUGGAGUUUUAUUCUUUUCGGUUACGUUAAUCCGUGCGUGGAUAUGCUUGUAUGCACAUCCAUCCGCGGCUUGUGUUCGUGUGUGCAAGUGGUGAGUCUUUGUCUGGUGUGUUUCCUGACUUAAUGAUCAGCUCUCUUCGUAUCAUGUCCACUGUCGUUGCCAUUGGAGAUAAUCAUACACUGUACUGUCCGUGCAGACAAUGA